AUGCGUCCCUUUGCUCCAGUUCUUUUGGCCCUUGCGGCUACAUCUGCAUACUCUGCCCCUGUUGAACGGCGAGAUGAAAUACAUGCAGUCCUGGACCGCCGACUCUCGCUUCCACUCUGGCCCUGGGAAAUCCCGGGCUCGAAGCCUGCUGGCCUCAAAAAGAUUGUAGCUUUCGGUGAUUCCCUGUCAGACAACGGCAACACUUUUAGAAUCUUGAACAACACGUACCCGUACCCUAGCUUUUACUCUCAAGGUCGGUACAGCAAUGGACCAACUUGGGUGGAAUACCUUUCGCAAGAGCUCGGAACGGAAAUGGAGAAUCAUGCGUUUGGGGGAUCUAGCACUGAUUCAAUGUCUGUCAAGGGAGAAGCUCCAACUGGAACUAUAAUACCCGAAAUGCCUGGUCUUAUUCAGCAAGUGACUACUUGGAAAGAUUCCAAACCCCAAUUUGACCCUGCGACAACCUUGUUUUCUGUCUGGUCCGGUGCUAAUGACUAUUUUAAUGCCAAAACCCCCCUAAGUCCCGCUACCGUUGUUGACGCAACAAUGAAGUCUAUCAAUACUCUGGUUGCUGCCGGCGCAAAGAAUUUGCUUGUCUUCAACAUGGCUCCAGGACAGGAAAAGAUUCCAUUCCUCGAGCACAACCUGCGCUUGGGUCUUGAGCUCCUUAAAUUCAGCGUGGCAAACCCGAGUGUCAAGCUUGUUACAAUGGACAUGGCUAUCGAGUUCGGAUACAUUGCGUUGAACCGUAAAUCUUUUGGGUAUAAUAUGCCCUUGACGGAUAUCACCAAGCCUUGCUUGCAGCAAGUCGAUCUCAAUAAUCCGGCUACUUGGAUAAUGUGCGCAGACCCGAGUCAGUUUAUCAUGUUUGAUGUUCAUCCCACCACAAAGACGCACAGCAUCAUAAAAGACCAGGUGAAGAAGGGUCUGGUGAAGCACAACAUCAUUGCCGGGUGA